AAUGUUGCAUGUUUGAAGAAGUGAAGGGCCCAAGAAAUGGAUAAGAAAACUCGGCAUUUGUCUCUGAUUGUUGAAGAUCCGAAGACCAAAGCUUCAUUUCAAGCCUUCAAUGAACUCAAAUUUCUGCGAACAUUUCUUCAUGUGAAUAUGAAGAUGCAUACAUGGAAUGGAGGAGGCAUAACUGAGGCAAGUCUUUCAUCUAUCAAGAUACCAAACAAUCUGUUCAUGAAACUUGUGUGCUUGAGAACCAUUGAUUUCAGUUUCAGUAGAAUAAAAGAGCUGCCAGAGACCAUAGAUCAACUGAAGCACUUGUGCCAUCUUGGUCUCCAAGCAUGCAUAAUCAAAAGGCUACCUGAAUCAAUAAGAAACCUCUACUUCUUGCAGACACUUGAUCUUAAAUACUGCAAAAGCCUUCGAAAACUGCCACAAGGUAUUGUUAGACUGUUUAAUCUGCGGCAUUUGGAACUGCCAACAAAGAAUCUAGCAUCUUUGGUUAGCAUCCCAUCAGGAAUUGGAAAAUUAACCAACCUGCAGACACUUACUGCAAUAAACAUCAGUAAAGGAAAGGAAGGUUGUAACAUUGGUGAAUUGAAGGAGCUAGUGAAUCUCAGAGGACAUCUUAACAUUGCAGGGAUCCAGAAUGUGAGCAAAGCUAAGGAUGCAAGGGAAGCCAAUUUGAAGAACAAAGACUACCUUCAAACACUGGCAUUGACUUGGGAUGCCACUGGCAGCAAUGCAGUCCAAGAAUUUGUUGCAAAUAGUGUUUUCGAAAGCCUCCAACCACACACCAAUCUCAAACAAUUGCUCAUAAGAGGCUUCAACGGAGACCAGUUUCCAUCCUGGUUGGGAGAUCCUUCAUUCUCUGGUUUAACCUCCAUCGCUCUCUCUAACUGUAGCAAAUGCACUGUGCUACCACCACUCGGUCAGCUGCUGUUACUCAAAGAUCUUUUGGUAGGCAACAUGAAAAGUAUCCGAUACAUUGGUCCGGAUUUUCGAGGCCAUUGUGAUGCCUCCUCUAAGGCAUUCCCCGCACUCAAAUACAUCGAUUUUGAAGAAAUGCCGGAGUUAGAGGUGUGGGAAGGAAUGCUCAAUGGCGAUUUCCCUAACCUUCAAAGGGUUGUUAUCAAGCACUGUCCUAAGCUCAAAGCACUUCCUCAGGAUUCACCUUCACUGGAAAUAUUAGAAAUGCAGGAUGUUGAAAUGCUCUGCUCAAUACCAACUUUCUCAUCACUCAAGAGUCUGGACUUGCAAGGAAAAUGGAGUGACAAACUCUUGUCACUCAGUCCAGCAUUCCACAAUCUGCACAGCUUGGAAAUCUCCUGGUCUGAGAAUUUAACAAUUCUUCAACUUCCUGAAGGUCUAAAUGCAAUCAAGGACCUGGACAUUCGAGAUUGCCCAGAGCUCAUCAGAGUAUUCGGACUGCCUCAACUCAAAAGUCUCGAAAGCCUUGAGUUGCAUGCAUUACCAAAACUGGACUUUUCACAUGGUGAUCAGCUUCCAUCCACACUUCAGUCAUUGUAUGUUACUAGCUGCACUAAGUUGUCAUGGCUUCCUCUUCACGAACACUUGUCUUCUCUAAAACAAUUGCAGAUCACCAACUGCCCAGAGAUUCAAGAUUUAGAGGGUCUUCAUAAUCUUUUCUCCAUAGAAAACUUGGAAAUCAGUUGCUGCGACAAGCUCUUGCUUCCAUUAAAUGUGGCAUUGCCACCUUCCCUCAAAUUCUUCACACUAUGUGGCUGUAAUAAUCUGAAUUCUAUUCCAAUGUUUCAUCAGAACUUGUCUGAACUCAGUGAGCUGGUAAUUGAGGGUUGCGAAAGGCUAAGUUCAGUAGUAGGACUCCACAACCUCACCUCCCUGAAAGUAUUGGAAUUAAACAACUGCAGAGAUCUCCAGCUAUCAGCAACUGAAGCAUUGCCAUCCUCCACUUUGGAAGUGGAGGUUGUGGAUUGCCCUGGGCUCAUAGACUGGUGUGAAAGUCACGGGAUCAAGCACACUCAGACUGAGGAUUGGGAGCUUGCUGAACAUGGUUAAGGAGACAAUGAAGAAGAAGAUGAAGAGGAGAAGUGGUUUGAGCUUGCCAUUGACAAUGAGAUUGAAUGAAUAAACCAAAAAGGACAAAAAAGUAAUCACCCACAUCUUUCUAUCAUAUGCCACACAAGCUUCUCUUUAUCUGUCAGUUCUCUGCUUAAAAUCCCAAUUUUCUUGGUCCUUUUAAUUUAUUGGACUUUUCUAUUGAAAAUAAGCUCUACUGCUAUGCUGCAAGGGAUCAGCAGGCCCUUUGUUCAUAUUUAUGCAUAUGCUUUGAUUCUUAUGCUAUACAUUUUUAUAUCAAUAAUGUGACUGUAAACUCAAUACUGAUGUGCAAGUGUAAUUGUAAGUGACUUCUGUUAUGAGGUUAGCAUAUAUAAAUAUCAGUCUCUGGACUAAGUUCUUCUGCCUUGCUUCUCUUGAUUGAAGCAACUGCAUCAAAUAUAUAAUUGCUCUAUUCCUGGCCUCUUCUUUUGUUGUAUUUCGUAUUUAUAGGAAAACAUAAACACAAUAUUUACAUGCCAUCCCUGACUUCA